UUUGAAUGCGGGUGGAAAACAUUAACGUUUCUUCUUGGCGUUGUUCAUUUGCGCCAUUUUGUCAGCAAAGCUGUGGUGAUUGGAUUUUUGAGCUCUGUACUGGAGCCAAUCAGAAGGGAACCGGACAGCUGAGAAACGAUCUGUGAAACUGCUGGAGAAAAUGGAGCAGUACACCUCCACGAGCAGUGGGGAGCAGAUAGUCGUACAGACAGCGAAUGGACAGAUCCAGCAGCAGGGCACAGUCACAGCUGUACAGCUGCAGACCGAAGCGCCUGUCGUUACAGCAGCUGGUCAGCAAGUGCAGACGCUCCAGGUAGUCCAAGGCCAACCGCUUAUGGUGCAGGUGAGUGGAGGUCAGCUGAUCACCUCCUCAGGGCAGCCCAUCAUGGUACAGGCCAUGUCUGGAGGCCAGGGCCAGACCAUUAUGCAGGUGCCUGUCUCUGGAGCUCAGGGCUUGCAGCAGAUCCAGUUGGUGCAGCCGGGGCAAAUCCAGCUGCAAGGAGGGCAGACGCUGCAGCUACAGGGGCAGCAGGGGCAGGCUCAGCAGAUCAUCAUCCAGCAGCCCCAGACCGCUAUUACUGCAGGACAGAACCAGGGCCAGCAGAUUACAGUCCAGGGCCAGCAGGUUGCUCAGACUGCUGAAGGCCAGACCAUCGUGUACCAGCCUGUGAAUGCAGAUGGCACUGUGCUACAACAGGGCAUGAUCACAAUCCCUGCAGGCACACUGUCUGGCACACAGAUCGUUCAGGCAGCAGGGGGCGCCAACACUUCUACCACCAACAGUGGGCAAGGCACAGUCACAGUCACACUGCCAGUGUCCGGCAAUAUGGUUAGUGCUGGAGGGAUGGUCAUGAUGGUGCCUGGUGGAGGAGGCACGGUACCCACCAUCCAACGAAUCCCUCUGCCUGGUGCUGAGAUGCUGGAGGAGGAGCCACUCUAUGUCAAUGCCAAACAGUACCACCGCAUCCUGAAAAGAAGACAAGCCCGUGCUAAACUGGAAGCUGAGGGCAAGAUUCCUAAAGAGAGGAGGAAAUACCUACACGAGUCACGGCACAGGCACGCAAUGCAGAGAAAGCGGGGAGAUGGUGGCCGCUUCUUUUCACCGAAGGAGAAAGAAGAAAUGGCUCUAGCCAUGCAGGAGCAGCAGGAGCAGAAUCAGGCAACAGAAGAGACCGUGGCCCAGAUAAUACGGGUAUCAUAGCAACAAAUGGCAUCUUUAAAAAAAAAAAAAAAAAAAAAAAAAAAAGUGUUCAUCACUUCUAAAUGCAACUGUAGAUUAACAGGGCGAUACAGUGUGUAUCUCUCCUCUCUCAUUUUGCCAUUAACACUAGUGACGAGCAUAAAAAGCGUUGUUUUUUUUUAAAGGUUAGUGAAUAUACUUUGCUGUUCUUAGGACACAAGCUUACAUAAUGUGACUUCUUCCUGAUAUUAAACCUUUGAACAAAAUGUACAGUGACCCUUUAUACAUAUAAGUGUUAUUUUACAGUAGUUUAGUUUUAUAAUUUCAUCUGGUGUUUAUGCAUCAUUUUAAAUGUAAGGAUGGUGAAUCUGUAAUGUAUGUAGUGCGAUUUGUAAUGUUUUUUAUUUUAUAUAUUUAAGCUUUAGUGCAAGACCAUAUUUAUCUUGUAUUAGCUGAAAUUUGCUGUGAGUAUAGGUGGGCCAAACAAAUCUUUUUGCAAAUUAGUCUAUUAAUCAGGGGAUUUCUGAUUCUGAGGCUCUCAGCCUUGUACAUUAUUGCUUGUAAUGUGAAGACUUUGUAACUUUCAUAUUUUGAUAUCACCAGGAUUUGUAAUCUGAGAGAGGUCUUUUGUAGUGGCUUUGUUAGCCAGUAUGCCUGCUUGAUAUGUCUUCCCUUUUCACUUAAAAAAAAAAAAAAAAAAAAAAAGAAAGAAAAAAAGACCUUGUUGUCAUGGCAGGCAAAUGUAUAUAUUCUUUUGAUGAACAAUGCUAAACACUAAUCUCUUUUCAGAUGAUGAAAUUUUGAUUAAAUUAUGCAGUGGCACUUGUGCACAUGUUGUGUAAUAGAUUUUUCUUUCUACUCUCAGCACUGUUGGAGGCUGUAACUGAUCUUAAUUAAAUCAAUUUGAGUUCUGUCCUUUAAUCUGCUUAGCUCCAUGGACCGAAAGCAGAGAUUUUAGCUCACUAAUGUAUGCACCGUGUUCUUCACGUUGCUGGUCAACCACUAGCUUUUUACUAACUUGAGGUUAAGAAUGUGUUGUUUUUAAUGUCUUAAGUUUGAGCUUCUCCUCUGUGUUAAACUUUGUUAAACAUGAGAAAGACCUGUUUAUUAUUGGAGUGCUUUUGUAUGUCAAUAUUUCAUCUUAGACAUUCAAACUGUUGCAAUGUUCAGUUACUGCCAAAUAAAAAAUAGUGUAGUCUAGGUAGACUUUUCCAGUAAAUAGCAUUAUGUGAGAGAUUUAAAAUCCAUGCUGAAUGUGCGUGUGCGUGUGUGAGAGAGAGAGCAUGAAUUCUGCAUUUACAUUUCAAUUGCAAGACUAAGCUCUGACUGGCUAAUUCACACAAAAAAAAGGUUUUGAGUGAUUACAUUUUUAUACUUAAUGUAACCAGGCAGUACAUAAACAGGACAGAAAUUCCUGAAUGCUUGUUCUAGGUGUAUUUGAAAGUGUGCUCUGUUUGUGUGUCUUUCUAACAACUGAGUAAUGUUAACUAGAGAUGGCAUUGGUAUGAUAUGCAUGAUCUGUAUCGGGCCAAUACUAGCAACAAAAGAUGUCCGUGAAAAAAAAAAGAACAAUUUCAAUCUGAUCUUGUCACAAAUGUUUGUGUUUUUUUUUUAAUUGUUUGGGGUACUUACAAGGUCUUAAUUAGGGUGAAAACCCUCAAAUCCCCCUGUAAUGAUGUGUAUCCUGUCUGUCAUCAUGAAAGCUAAAAUUUUGGCCGCAUGUUUUAGCAAGCAUCAAUAUUGAAUGUUUUUUGAGUUAUACAGGUGUGAAAUAGCCAUGUGCCAUUCUAUUAUUUGUUACUAAACCACUGUCAAUUUACAGUUUUAUUUUAAAUCAGGUUUAUUCUAAUGCACUUAUUCUAAUAUGUUAUAGUUUCUAUAGAAGUCACUUAUAUGGGGAUGUGUAUGGUGGACAUGUGCCGUAAAUGAAUACAAAAAAAAAGUGUGUAGUCAUGGAUAUUAGUUUUAUAAAAGUUAGUUCCAGUCCACUAAUUUGAUUGGAUGCGCGUGCUUAUAUUUAUUAUAAUAACCACACUGAUACAUUUCAGUUCUAGCUGAAAAUAAAUUCCAAAUCUAGCUGCUGAAACCCUUACUACAGUAUAGGACAUGGCAAACGAUACAUUUUUCAUGACUAUAACUUCUGACUUAGAAUAUGAAAUCUCAUCAGAUGAAGAUGAAAAGGAGGAAGGGAAGAAGCCAAUUUCACUAGAUGUACUUUUAAUGGAAAUAUACAAAUCAUUGUGAGCUAGCUAGACAAAGGUCUACCAGUGAGGUGGCUUCUUUGAGGUCAAUUUCCAUCCGUGGAGCAAAAAUAAACAAAUUAUUCGUG